CCAUCUCACGGGUCAAUAUAGUUUGCAUAAUUUUUCUUUUGACUUUUCUUUAUAUACCCGACAUAAAAUGGAGGCCCCGGUAGCGAGAUAGAGUUAAUUCUUUGAUUAUUUGUGCAAAUAGUAAACCCUUUUUUCAUACGUUUCUUGGCUACCCAGAUUAUUCAUAGAUCUGUGUAUAACUUUAUUGUAAGAAAAUUAGUGCAGCCGGUAGGGAAGCCGGUUGUGAUGUUGCAACAGGAGAUUGUCCAUCUAGCCCGGAGCAGUUAAUCCAUAACGUUUUUGAAUAUGUAAAUUCAUAUUUAGAUUUGGAUCAUGAUGUGGCUGCAUAGAUAAGUGAGUUGCAAGCAGAAGCCAAGAUGUAUGGACGCCACUUGGCAUAGUCAGGAGACAACUAACUUAUCUUGAUGUGCUUAAAAAUACCGCAGGUAAAAACCAACACCUCUUAAAGAUGUUGCCAUCAAUUUUAUAUGCAUUUCUCAGAGAAUAGACAUAUGCAUAUAACGAAAAUGAAAGCAUAUAUAUCCCAUAUGGAAGAAAGAUUACAAUCUGCAAAGGCAUCGAUCGAGGACUUAAAAUGUGAGCUCGAUCACAGCCAUGCUGCCUAUCACAAAUUAAAAAGUGAGGCAGAGGAGCUGCACAUCCGUUAUAGCAGUCUGCAGCAAACAAAUGAACUAAGCCAAACUGUAGCUAAGGUUCAAAAUGAUCUGUCUGAUCAUGAGGGAUAUCCAGACCCUCCAAUUAUCACACCCCAAAAUGUAGAUAUGUCAUCAGCACAUGCUCUUAAAGAUCCAUCCGAGACCUUAAGCCCCCUGAGGGUGAUGGCAUGAUUGCACAGGAGGCCUUAACCCAAUUAAGUCAGGCGUGUCAAGCUGUAACCGCCUUACUACCCAGUGUUCAGAAAAGGAUCAGAACCCCUCGAGUAUUAUUACGCUUUUAAAUGUCACUGUGCCUAAAUUCUCUAAAAAGGGUUCUCCUGAAAUUGCCAAUCACUUAGAACUGUACCAGUCCACCAUGAAUUCUUUAAAAUUGUAUUCUGAUGCGGACAGGAUCAGAUUCCUACCAUGGGCAUUUGAUGGUAAAUAUCGCCACUACUUUAUUUCAUUUACGGAGAGGGGAAUUCAGGAUUGGCAGGAUGUUUUGCAUGAGGUCAAAUCAGAAUUUGGACCUUACCGUACUGUGACUGCUGCAAAACGUGAUAUCUAUAAACUCACAUGUAGACUUAAUCAGAGUCCCCGGGAAUUCCUCCCCAUCCUUAAAAAUGCCUAUGGGUUGGCGUAUAGAUCCCCAAACUGGGAGUCUGAGGAGUUCAAACAGCUGUUUUAUGAUGCAAUGCCCAUGCAAAUUACACUUAGCUUGGCUAGAGUUCUUGAUCUCAAAGCUCCCUUGGACAGGUUGGUGACGGCUGCCACCUCACUGUAUAACAUCAGUGAAUGCCAUGCUACAGGUGAGAGGAGAUAUAGAAAGUCCCCAGAACAAAGCAUAGCAGAAGCUAAGGUAAACCCUAGCUUCAAAUUUGAAACGCAGCCACGUAAGUACCCUCAGUCUACAGGUCCUGUCCAACAAACCCAGCGACAACAGGUAGGACCCAAGCAAACAAGACCUCAGAGCCCCAAUGGGCCAGAGGGGGAUAACUCCAGUGCUGGGAGGUUUAAUUACCGUCCCUAAUAUUACAAUAGGGGUCCCCAGGGGGGAUACAGGCGCUGGAACAACAGGCCCAGACAACAGAAGGAAAAUAGGCCUGAAUCCCCUACCUCUCCUAGAAGUCGGUCACCCACUUCUAAUAAGGGCACACCAGGGGUCCAAACUGUGCGCAAACCAAACAAUCGUUUGGAUCAGUUGGCAGAUCAAGUGGCCAAAUUACAGGAGAUCGUUAGUAAAAUGUCCCAGGUGUCAACUGGAAAACAGCCUGAGUCUUUUUUAGGGGCAACUGCAGGACCCAGCUCAGCCCCAUAAUGCAGGCAGGGCAGGGUCAGAGCCCAGGCCGGUGCAAGGCUACUGAGAUGGUUGUAAAAGAAUCUAAUGUGAUUUCUAAUGCUACUUUGCCUUGUAGUGUUCUUGUCCCUCAAAUUGAGGCCAAGGAGGAGAUGUCUAACAUGUUAUCUAUAUUACAGUCUAAUCAUGAUGAUUCCUGCACUAAUGUGUCUUCUCCAGUGAGUGAUCCUAUAAUCUCAGUGUCAACCUGCGAGCUGCCAUCUGUAAGCUGUGAUGUGAUCCAGUGUUCUCCGAAGGUGGGGGCUGCUGCUGCCACCGAGAGCAGCAGGAAUUCCAAGAAUUCAUCAGAGGUCGCGACGCUGCAGAAAGGUCAAAUCCUUAACAAAUGUCAAAUAAGUGAUCACCCUAAUUUUUUAUGUGAUUUGUUUCAGAUAGAAGGACGAUAUUUUCUUGAUUCCUAUCUCCAAGAUGAACUUAUCGGACCAAUCAGGGGUUUACUUGACACAGGAUCACAAGACACUAUAUUGUCAUAUAGUUAUUUCCAACAGGUAUUGGAGGUGACAGCAAAGAAGCCGAGAUUGAAAUCGUUUGAUGGCUCUUUGAUAAGUGUCGACAGACACUUUGCAGCUCACCAAUACAUGGAGAAUCUACAUAAGCACCUUCAGCAUGCUUUUGCAUUUGCCCAGAAGAAUCUGGAGAAAGCAGCCGUGAGCGCCAAAACCUACUAUGAUCUGAAGACUACUCAAAAGGAGUACCAAACUUCCGAUCAGGUUUAUCUCUAUAACUUCGCCCUGGAUCAGGUGAAGGAAAGGAAGUUCCUGCCUUCCUGGAAGGGACCCUAUGUCAUCAUUGACAAAUUGUUACCUGCGGUCUACAAGAUCAAAAUUCCUAAGGGGGAUGAAUUUAUAGAGAAAUGGGUGCAUAUUAAUCAAUUACGUGUUUGUCACCCUAGAUUACAACUUCACCAAAUGGAAGGAUUGCCGGAUGAUGAAGAGUAAAGAGAUAAUAAGGUUCCAGCUAAAGAUGGAAACCCAGGAUUGGCGCAAAAUGGCACAGAGGGUUGUUGCCGUUAUCUACAUUGUCCUGAUCUUGGGGAAGAAGUUCCAGGCCGAGCCGAUUGCUGUACCAGGCCCUUCAUCUGGGAUUAUGCUACAGGAUACUACGGGAUUCAUCUUGACGAAUAAGAGGAUUCUAUCCCAAAAGAUCUACGUCAGUUUGGAUCCACGUGUCUUCGUCGAGAGACAGUUCAACAUUUCUGAGAUU